AUGAUCUAUUUCUUUAAGUCAGUGUUAAUCUUACUCUUGUUGGUAGUUUGUGUUUCUGGUAAACCAAUUGGGUAAGUGUUAGGUCAAACAUUUGCUUUAAACAUUCAUAGAGAUUUUCGUUUUCAGAAUUGAAGAGAAUUAUGAAACAACAACCGAAGUUGCCAUGAUUCAUCCAGAAAUUCCAAAAAUUCCAAAGGACAUAAAUUCUGCAGAAAAUUCUGAUUAUACUGAUGAAACCACACCAUAUUAUCCAUUCGAUACGGACACAGAAGAAGACUAUUCUGUCGAAGAAUACAAUAACAUUACGAUUGAUCCAUCUUUUGGUCCAGGAGAUGAUGAUAAUCAACCAGGAAAUCAAGGAGGAGCAGAUCCAUCUGGAGGUUCGGGAAACGAAGAUGAACAAUCUGGAAACCAAGGCGGAGCCAAUCCAGCUGGAGGUCCAGCACCAGCCCCAGGGGGUGAAGAUGAUGGACAAUCCGCACCAGCAGAUCCAUCUGGAGGUCCAGGAAACGAAGAUGAUCAAUCUGGAAACCAAGGUGGAGCCAAUCCAGCUGGAGGUCCAGCACCAGCCCCAGGGGGUGAAGACGAUGGACAAUCCGCACCAGCAGAUCCAUCUGGAGGUUCGGGAAACGAAGAUGAACAAUCUGGAAACCAAGGUGGAGCGAAUCCAGCUGGAGGUCCAGCACCAGCUCCAGGGGGUGAAGAUGAUGGACAAUCUGCGCCAGCAGAUCCAUCCGGCGGUCCAGGAAAUGGUGAUAAUCAACAAGAAAAUCAAGGUCAAGCCGAUCCAGCUGGAAAAUAA